AUGGCUUCGGCACUGCAAUCAGACCUCGAUGCGCUCUCGUCACUGCCCUCUUCGGUCCUUCAGAAGCUCAUCGACCCUACAUCCCAGCCUCCCCCGGCGUCGCCGUCCGCUGCCGACCAGCUCCGCGCCUUGGACCCGGCCAAGACCAACGUUGAGGCGAGCGUGUCUCUUUCUCGCGCGUAUGUGUCCGAGAUGAAGACACACGCUUUCGAGCUUGAGCCCGCGCAGAUUGGGGCUACAGGCGAGGACUAUGAUGGCAAGCGGGUCGAGGCAAUUCGUGCUUCUGCCGAGCAAGUCAAAGCCGCGGUGGACGAGUACGCGACCAUGGCACGCCCCAUCCCCGGAGACAAGUAG